AUGUAUGCCACUCGGGCUCUUCGCAUGUUCCGGCCGACGCUCCGCAUGAUGCGGCCCGUUCCCAAGGAGGAGCAAGCCGCCCACACCGUCUCUCAGAGGCUGCGCCGCCUGAAGAACAUCCCGGCCGAGCUGCUGCCCCUCGGUGUCGUCGUCGGCUUUGCUGUGUUCGCCGCCGGCUACUCCAUCACCCGCCACCUAUUCGUCGACAAGACCAUCCGCCUGAAGCGCCAGAACCGUCUGGCCGAUAACGCUGCCCACGGCCACGAGGAGCACGCCGAGGCUGCCGAGCACGCCGAGGCCGUCGUGGAGGCGAAGCAGUAA